AUGGAUAGUAUGGGACAGUCUCAGGACGAUGGCCUGGGUAAUACCUUGAGCUCUCAAGAGGAUGCAAUGGAUUAUACUAUGGAUGAUCAAGAGAACACAAUGGAUUAUACUAUGAGCCAUGACCCAACAAACCAAAUAUUGUCCCAACUACCAGAUGCGCAAGGGUUUUCGGAAGAGGAAGAGGAAGAUGAUCCUCCCGUCUUUGGGUUUGCUCGUUCGGUCGGUAUAGCUCGAGAUCAUCAACUCGAUGAUACAUCGGUGGAUAUUUUACUUUCUAUGAAGGAAGAUGUUUAUCACAAGUUCAUCAGCGACCUGAAUGACAGUCAUCUACCACAGCUCAAUGUUAAAGCCGAAUCCAAUACAAAUGAGCGAAUGUCUAUAUCUGCAAACGCCAUGCGACUUCUUACAUCAGUGGCGGAGAAUGAAAGUCGGGAAUCUAUUAAUGCUCUGGUAUAUCCAUUUCUUGGUAGUAAAAAAUCGAAGUAUAUGAGAGUCGAAUCACCAUUGUUACGUAGUGACCAUGAAUCUGAUUUUCGAGAAUUUGCAAGAAGGGAGGGAUUCGAAGUGAAACCUCAAGAUAUUAGAUUACCGCUAGAGUUGGUCAGUGUCGAGAACAAUGAUGGGUUGGAAUUUCCACCCGAGUUUUACAAUUUCGAAACCGAGAUUUUCGAUAUUGUAGCGAAUGAGAAGAUUGAGGUGACGAAAAAUGCAAUGAUUUCCCUGCAUACGACCUUGAAGGCAACAUUAACAAAAGAGGAUGAGCAAAAGAUUUGGGAAGCUGAAAGAGCACAUCCAAAAAAAUUUCCAGUCUCCAGUGAUGUAACACCACCGCUUUCUCCAAUUUUUGUACCGCUGCCUGAUAGCCCUCUCCCAUUUCUUCCUUUGGCUUGCGAAAUACCGUUGCUUUCAGAUCCUGAAUCUCUUACAUCGCUGGAUCUCAAGAAGAUUGAGGAUGAGGUUUUCAUGGAAGAUCUGCCGGCUCCUAUGCGCAACAAACCGGCAAGUCAAGCAACACUUUCGACGUCCGAUGACCAAUGUACAAUACCUGGAAGCUUAUCCUCUCCACCAGAAUGCAUCAAAAAGCUCUAUCCAACCUCUUCACCUCUAGAAAAUAAACGAGUUGUUGCGGGAAGUAGGAAAGUAGAAGAGAUUUUGACCCCACCGAAGCCAUUUGAAGAACCAGGUUGCAAAAGCGUACACUUCAAUAACGUCGUGGAAACGUUUUUGCUCAGCAAUAAACCUCAACCGGGAACUCCUGAGCCCACAAUUGAAACCAAGUUCCUCGAGGAAGCAUUCGGCAAAAGUGGAGAACAGGUCAAACGUCGGGUUGAGCAAGAGAGGCUCGUGGACACACGAAACCGUGUUGAGGUUCCAGAGAUGGACUUUAGCGUAGCUGGACCUCCUUGGAAGGAAUCAAGUUCUCGUAUUGUCACUGCUAACGACUCAACUUUGCAAGAGCUUAUCGAGGGAGUUAGUGUUGACCCUUUUAUGAGUUGGCCGGGAUUGAAGGAGUCACAUUCGAAGGUACCAUGGGUACCAUUUGAACACAGCUUGGGAAACAUUGCAGAGGAGAUAAUGGGCAAUGAAAAGACUCCUGAAUCGUCCAUAUAUGGUCCGGAAGAUGAUGAAAUGGUCAAAAGUUCAGGUCUCGUCUGGAAAAGGGAAGGAUUUAGAAUUCUUCGGGAAGAGUCCGAUGAAGAUGACGAAGAUGAACUUGAGUUGGGUUUCUUUCCAAAGGAAGUUGCUAUUACAUCAUCGACAACAGGAAAACGAAAAUCCGAAACAGAAGAUAUAGAUCAACGACCAAAGCAAGCACGUCAAUCAGAGUCUCAUAGUCGCGGAGAUGCGACGACAAGUUUUAGAUCGUUCAUCACUCCGGAGAUGCGUAACCAAAUGAAUGUGGAGCCAACUACCAAAAAAACACGAUCUACUGUUGAAGAUCAAAUCUCUUUGUCUGGAAGUAUAUUCUCAAUGAAAAAUGCACUAAACAAUUUCUUAGAGAUACGAGGAGCACAAAUACCUAAGCCUAUUGAAAACUCUCAAUUUUUUGCUCCGAAUGUCGCAUCUUCCGCGCCACCUGCACCACCAAAUCAAGCAACCUCCAACAAGGAAACCUCAGUCCAACAGUCAUCCAUCCCCGAAACUCAUUCGCCUCUCCCAACACCAACCAUCAUCGCCCCUUCAACUCCCAUCUCCAUCAUUCUCUCCUCGGCCAUGUUCAAAAAUCGUCCUCUAAUCCGCUCCCUUCAAACUCUCCUUCCAACUCUCCAGAUCUGCGAGCGCGACUUCUCAGCUCACAACACCACAGUCUGGAAUACCAACUCAGUCGCCCGUUCUCCCGUAACAUCAACCCUCACCCAUGAAGCCGAUAUCAUCAUUUCCCCCACCACCGGACUUGUCCUCACAACCCUCCAGCAUAUAAGACAAAAACCCCUACCUGGACAUAAAACCAUGGUUCCAAUUCGAGACCGCUUAAUAAAAGUCAGUCCUCGAUACGAAAAUCUAUUUAUCCUCGCUGCUUCCCCGUCGAGCGAAUUAGGAGAUAGUGAAUGUAUCGCCUGGGCCAAUUUCGUCGGCUUCACAUUAACAUUACCAGCAAGCACAAUCGUGCAAUACAUCCCCAUCGACCCUACCAACCCCAAUAACGAAAACAUGGCGAAAUAUAUCUCUCAUCUCAUUAUCCAACAUGCAUUACAAUCCCCUUCUCCUACCUCUAACCCCACCUCUUCCUCCCCAUCCCCCCUGAAAAUAGACCUCCUAGACCAAGAAUCCUACUGGGAACUCUGGCUCCGCCGAGCAGGAAUGAACGCCUACGCAGCACAAGCCACGAUAAUCCAACUCAAAGAGCCGGAACCGAGAUGUAAAAUGGGGGAAGAAGGGUAUGAGAAUGAGAUGAGGAUAAUUUCUGAAGAGGGGCCAUAUGGAUUGAGUUUAUUUGUGAGGAUGAGUAAGGAGGAGAGGAUAAGGAGAUUGGCGUGGUUGAUUGGCAGGGGCGUUCUGCUGAGGGUGGGGGAGGUGGUGGAUCAGGUUUGGGAAUGA